CAGACACAUGGUGCGACGCGUUCCCGUCACAAGCCCGCCAUUUUCAGCAGUGCCUUCUCAGCCGCCACCCAAGGGUAAGGCUCAAAGUCCAAGACCUUCUGCGCCAAGGAAUGUGGGAGAGAGCCUCACGCUUGCGGAGCGUAAAGCGGCGAGGGCCAUCGUAGCGGCGUAUUCCGAUUUCUGGACGCAGCUUCGAUUUCGCAAGGGGUGGGCGGAACCGCCCUUCAAAAAACAAGACGUGUUGUGCCUGCUCGACGAGGCGGCCGGAAUCGUGGCCAAAACCAGGGCCGAGCUCGACAAGGAGCGAUCCGGUGGUCCAGCUCCUUGUUUGAUGCCGAUCCACCGUGCCCGUGGAGGAGGGCUUUAA